CUUCCUCUGCUUUCUCCAUCAUUCUUCGGGUUCCAACUUACUGCUUGUGGCUCCCACUCUAACGAUCUCUAUCCUACAUCUACUGGGCCAGUUCCUGUCGUUUUCCAUCGAUAACCGGACUCAUUCUCGACAUGCGCGGCGAGAUCUGCCACAUCCACAUUGGCCAGGCUGGUAUCCAGCUUGGAAACAGUGCUUGGGAGCUGUACCUUCUGGAGCAUGGCCUCAAGGAAGAUGGUCAACUUAAUCCUGAGGCGUCUGAAGCAAUCAAUUCGGGCGGUUCGUUUGAAACCUUCUUCACCGAGACCAACAAUGGCAAAUAUGUUCCGCGCUCCAUUUUUGUUGAUCUGGACCCAUCGCCUGUCGAUGAGAUCCGCACCGGCAAAUACCGUCAACUCUUUCACCCUGAAAUGUUGAUUAGUGGAAAGGAAGACGCGGCUAACAACUAUGCUCGUGGACACUACACUAUCGGAAAGGAGCUCGUUGAAGAAGUUGCCGAUCGCAUCCGUCGUGUUUCCGAUAAUUGCUCUUCCCUACAGGGAUUCCUGGUUUUCCAUUCAUUCGGUGGUGGUACAGGGUCUGGCUUUGGUGCUCUGCUGCUCGAGCGUCUUUCCGCCGAGUAUGGGAAGAAGAGCAAGCUUGAAUUUGCAGUAUAUCCCUCUCCUCGUGUCUCGACCGCCGUCGUUGAGCCUUACAACGCCGUGUUGUCCACUCACAGCACCAUUGAAAACGCCGACUGCACCUUCCUGGUGGACAACGAGGCUGUCUAUGACAUCUGCCGUCGGAACCUCGAUAUCCCGCGUCCCGGCUAUGAGCACCUCAACCGCUUGAUCGCCCAGGUCGUCAGCUCCAUCACCUCCAGUCUCCGGUUCGAUGGUUCCCUUAACGUGGACUUGACGGAGUUCCAGACCAAUCUGGUACCAUUCCCUCGUAUCCACUAUCCCUUGAUCUCGUACGCACCUGUGGUCUCGAGCAGCCGCAGCUCCCACGAGAGCUUCAAGGUGCAGGAUCUUACCUUCCAGUGCUUUGAGCCGAACAAUCAGAUGGUGGUCUGUGAUCCUCGCAAGGGUAAGUAUAUGGCAGUGGCUCUGCUGUACCGUGGUGACGUGGUACCCCGUGACUGCACCCAAGCCAUUGCCUCACUCAAGGCCAAGUCCUCGUUCAACCUCGUUGAGUGGUGUCCUACCGGGUUCAAACUGGGAAUCAACUACCAGAAGCCCGUCCGCGUUCCUGACACCGAGCUUGCCCCCGUUGACCGCUCCGUCAGUAUGCUCUCGAACACGACGUCCAUUGCCGAAGCUUGGGGUCGUCUGGACCACAAGUUUGACCUCAUGUACGCGAAGCGCGCCUUCGUGCACUGGUACGUGGGUGAAGGUAUGGAAGAAGGCGAGUUUUCCGAAGCUCGCGAGGAUCUUGCUGCGCUGGAGAAGGACUACGAGGAGGUUGCCACCGAUUACGCCGAGGUGGAGGGUGAGGAAGAGGCUGAGUAUUAAUCCUUCUCGCACCUCUUGGCUCGUGGUGCUUUGGCCGCUUCUUUUCUUGGUCUGUCUAACUCUCUCGCCUAAAUUGUGUCUAUCCUGUCCUUCUAUUCGCGACAACCCCUUCCGUUCGUGCGUCUCUAGCGUUGUUUUGUCUCCUGAGCUGGUACCCAAUAAUGAAUCGGCAGAGCCGCCGUGAGAAAAUAUGAGCACAUGAAUUCGUCUGUCUCUUGAGAGGACGCAAGAAUGGUAUCCAGUAUGGAAUAUCGAAAAGUCUAAUAUGUUAUCCAAUAUAAUACAAAAUAGGUAUCAUCAUGGCGGAG